GUUGAAUGUGUUCGCUGAAAGCACCCUGAAGUGCGAGGACCCCAACAAUCGUCUGCGCACUCAUGCUCGUUAUACUUUGCUGGAAGAUCAAUGAAGUCACGAGUUCGCCGAAGCCGCAUUACGAACGGCACAAAAAAAAUGAUGGCAGGGGUCUGUAUCGAUAAGGCUAGACUGAGGGGCCGGUGAUUACCGCAUGUCUUUCGGAGUCGGUAGCUGACUUCGCAUGGCUUUCAAUGACUCCGACUCCGGUCUUCUCCCUACAUAAACAACUUAUCUUUCACGUUGUCGCAUUGAGUGGUAGACCUUGAGGCAAUGGCGAGCACUGGGAGGGAUCGUGUGACUUGCUGGCUUCUUGACACAAGAAGUAUUUGGCCAGGGACCAAUAUCGCUGAAGCAGCCUCAGACGAACUGGAUCUUGUCAGUCAAGCCGAGCAGGACGAUAUUAAGAAGAAAUUUCGCAUCCAAGAUGCUCGUAUGAGCCUAGGGUCGGCGCUGCUGAAACGCCUCUUUGUUGCUAAAUCACUCGGGAUACCUUGGUCUAAGAUCAAGUUCAGUCGAAAGGGUGAUCCGAAACAUGGCAAACCAUGCUAUAUAGCAGAUGAUGGCAUAAAUGCAAUAGAAUUCAACAUCUCACAUCAAGCUGGUCUGGUAGCGCUUGUCGGGUGUGAUAUCCAAGACCUACAACUUGGAGUCGACAUUGUUUGUGUCAAUGAGCGGGAUGAGUACAGGACAAUCAAUUCCGAGGGCUUUGAAGGGCAUACAGAGAUUUUCCAGGACAUCUUUUCAAGCGACGAGACUCAUGAUAUGACGUACAAAGCGGACACUUUUCAGUUACCAGAUGGUACCGAGAUAACACCAUCUAUGCUUGGCCCUGAUGAGCGUUGCACGAAGCCUCAUCGGCAGCUGUCUGCUGAGAUUCAAACGGGCGAAAAGAAGAGGUUCGACUCCAAAUUACUCAUCGAUGCCAAGCUCCGCCGCUUCUACACAUUUUGGUGUUACAAAGAAGCAUAUAUCAAAUUGACCGGGGAAGCUUUACUGGCAUCAUGGCUGAAGCAACUGGAAUUCAAAAAUGUCCGCGCUCCGAGAUCAGCAGCGCACGAACCGUGGGGAGAGAUAGUGAAAGACGCAGAAACCUGGCUACACGGCAAGAAGCUUGACGAUGUUGCGUUACAAAUCCAGGCCUUCGAAAAGAACUUCAUGAUCUCUGUUGCAGCAAAGCCGUCUGGACUCCUGCCCAAGGAACAAAUCCCUUCCUUCACGACUUUGCACUUGGAGAAUGAUAUUGUAGAUUUCGCUCAGAACGCUUGAUUUUGCGAAGAGUACGUAAUUGUUGAAUUGAAUAAAGCUUAUACGUCAACACUGUCAUCCGAAGCCUGGUACUACUCCCUAUGGCCCAUUGUACUAAUCUUUAGCGUUGCGUUCCGGACGUCAUUCAUCCAAGACGAUUCCAUCUGAAAACCCUCGCAUGGACCGGGUUCGCG